AUGUAUAUAAAAGGAGCCUCAGAAGGGAAGAAUAGUAAAAAAAAAAAAAAACACCGCAGCCAUCAACACGCGAGCAGCGGCAGUUAUUUGGGUGUCUCCACCAUGUGGCUCCUGGUUUUCUUAGCGUGGUUGGUGAUUUGGGUCGGUGGCACGUACUGGUACCUGUUUGGGAAACCGAGCCCCUUCUCUCUGGAGUCAGUGAGGCCGCCGGGACCUCGGGAGUUUGACCAGAAGAAGCGCGACAAAGUCAUCAAGCAAGGUUUCCACGUUGACAAAGUGCCCCGGGACCUGGACGUCAUCGUUAUCGGCAGCGGGAUCGGGGGGCUCACGGCCGGAGCCACGCUGGCCAAAGCCGGGAAGAGAGUCCUGGUGCUGGAGCAGCACGACCAGGCGGGAGGCUGCUGCCACACCUUCAUAGAGAAAGGCUUUGAGUUUGAUGUCGGCCUUCACUACAUCGGCCAGGUCCACGAGAACAGUCUGCUGCGCAUCGCUUUCGACCAGAUCUCCGAGGGCCAGCUGGAGUUCCAGGAGCUGAAGCAGCACUUUGACACCAUCCAGAUCGGCCUGGGCCACGAGAAACGCGAGUACACCAUCUUCUCUGGCAAAAGCGAGAUGAAGGCCCAUCUGAUGAAGCAGUUCCCCGACGACACGCAGGCCAUCGAGGCGUUCUUCGAAAUCAUGAAGGUCUCAGCCAAGAAGACUCACUACCUGGCCACCCUGAAGCUGAUCCCGCAGUGGGUGUCUCUGUUCCUGCUGAAGUCAGGCAUCGGGAACCUCGUCACCCCGGUCUUCCGCCUCACUGGAACUUGUGCCACCGACUUGGUGAACACGCUGACCACCAACAAGGACCUCCACGUCAUCUUUUCUUAUCUUUUCUAUGGCGUGCCUCCGAAGGACUCCAGCGUCCUGAUCAACGCCCUCCUCGUCCAUCACUACAAACGAGGCGCCUACUACCCCAAAGGUGGCGCCAGCGAGAUCGCCUUCCACAUCAUCCGCACCAUUCAGAAACAUGGCGGGAACUGCCUGGUCAGAGCCCCCGUCUCCCAGAUCCUGGUUAAUAAAAACGGAGCCGCCUAUGGUGUAACCGUGAGGAGAGGUCAGGAGCAAGUGGAGAUUCACGCACCUGUAGUGGUUUCAAACUGCGGCAUCUUCACCACCUUCCAGAAGCUUCUCCCCCCUGAGAUAUACCUCAAGACAGAUAUUCAGGAACGACUGAACACGAUGAAGCACGGCAGAGGAUCCUUCUUGGUCUUCUCUGGAUUUGAUGGGACUGAAGAGGAGUUGGGUCUCGAGUCCACAAACUUCUGGCUGUUCAAAAACAACGACAUGGACAAGUCGAUGGAGGACUUCUUUGCUUUGAACAAAGAGGAGGCACCGGAUAAUAUUCCCAUGAUGUUCAUCACGAUGCCAUCUGCCAAAGACCCAGAGUCCAAAAUAAGACACCCUGGUAAAUCUUGCAUGACAAUACUCACGAUGGUGAAGUACGAAUGGUUUGAGGAAUGGAAGGACACCACGGUGCGCAAAAGGGGCGACGAAUACCACAACUACAAAAUGAGGUUUGCUAAGAACCUCUUUGACUGGGCCUGCACUUUGUUCCCUAAAAUCAAAGACAAGCUGGUUUUCCAGGACGUAGCGACGCCGCUGACCAACAUGCACUACCUGGGAUCCCAGCGUGGAGCAAUGUACUCUGCUGAGCACAACCUGGAGCGCUUCCAAGCCGAGAAUGUGGCGAGGAACAGGUGCAACACCCCCGUCAAAGGCCUCUACAUCUCAGGCCAAGACGUGUUCAGCUGUGGGGUAGCGGGCGCGCUGCAUGGCGGACUCCUCUGCGCCUCGGCGGUGUUGGAUCACAUCGUCUACAUCGACUUGCUCUUCCUCAAGAAGAAGCUGAAGAGGAGGAAAGCCAGCGAGUUGGCCCGUUUGGCUAAGAAGAAAGUGCAGUGAGAGAGAGCUCUCCACUUCCCCCUGCGGGACGGUAUUGAAACUGCACGAAUCAGGAUCAAAAGGACCCUUGAAUGUUGUGGGAAGCUUAAAGGAAAACACCAGCACAGAGUCGCAGAUAAAUUGUAUAUAAUAAUAUUCUAAAGUCCACACAUACUAACGCCAAUACAGAAUAAUAAGGUGUAAAGUGGUGGAUCAUUCAGUCAGGUCACAUUGUCGAUUAAACAAGCAAUACAUAGUAAACACAGACUGCUGGUGUAAAGUCUAUAUUUUUGCAGUAACUAUUUACCAGUGAGCUG